AUGGCGUAGACUUCCGGUUAUAUAGCUAUAGAUGAUAAAAUAUAUUAUUUACUUUCUAUUCUGUCUACGUUAUCAGGCACAGAGAAAUGUAAUAAUCACAGUGGACAUUGAUUAUAUUGUAAAAAUUGAGAUACGUACCAGAAAUAGCUGGAAGAAUGCAGUGUAAGAGUAGAAGGGUUCGAAGCCACAUCCGGGAUUUGUCCUAAAUCUUCUAAGUAUGGCAACCAGCACAUCGAAAGUCUUUCCUGAUGAUCAAGCCGUUCUUAACCAGCCUUACCAACCCCUAAACUUUGAUUUUCCAAAGCGCCCCUUUGGGAAGAAGGCGGAGUUGAGUUGCUUCAGGCCAUCUAGGUUUUAUCAGUGGCCAUUUCUUCACUACCACGAGGCUGACGACGUCGUGUUUUGUCACCUGUGCGUGAAAGCAUUGACUCUCAAACCGAUCAAGUCUAAACCGGAUCCUGCUUUUGUUAGUACUCUAGCACAUACAGAAGUAGGCUGUUGGUCUAUAAUUGUAUUCAUUGGCAAGGUUACUCGUGGAUUUUCAAACUGGAAAGAUGCAACCACAGGAUUCAAAAACCACGUAAAGAGUGCGUGUCAUCGUGAAGCAGUCGAAGUUCUUGUUACUCUUUCUGCCACCACCAGGGACGUUGGAGAACAUGUUUCUCAUGAGCAUGCUGUCCAGAAAGUCAACAAUCAACAAGCGCUUCUUCAAGUACUAUCGUCUGUGAGAUUUUUGGGUAGGCAGGGUCUUGCUUUUAGAGGAGAUGAAGAUAAAUCAGAUGGUAAUCUACAACAGCUGCUUUUUCUACAGAGUGAGAAAGACCCUAACCUAGCACACUGGCUGAAACGAAAGAAGAAUGUCUACACAAGUCCACAAAUUCAAAAUGAAAUUAUCAAAACAUUGGGCCUCCAAGUGCUACGAAAUAUUGCCAGAGACAUACAUAAUUCCCCAUCUGUAACGGUGAUGGCUGAUGAAACUACUGAUGCCUCCAACAGAGAGCAAUUUACAGUCAUCAUUCGUAGGGUUUUAGAAGACUUGCAGAUGGAUGAAGAGUUUAUUGGACUUUACCAAACCUCAACUACUGAUGCUGCAACCCUUGCAGCUCUAAUCAAGGACGUCUUCUUAAGACUAAAUGUGAGUAUGAAAAAGCUUCGUGGACAGUGUUUUGAUGGUGCCAGUGCUAUGAGUGGCUAUAAAACUGGUGUUGCUAAACGCAUUAAUGAUAUUGAGCCAAGAGCAGUCUUCACCCACUGUUACGGUCAUGCUCUAAAUCUCGCUGCAAAUGACACCCUAAAGCAAUCAAAGUUGAUGAAAGAUGUACUAGACAAAAGUCGGGAGAUCACAAAACUGAUCAAAUAUUCCCCACGUAGGGAGGGGAUAUUUAUGAAGUUGAAGGAGAGCUUGCCAGCUAGUAGUACAGGUAUCCGAGUACUCUGCCCUACUAGAUGGACAGUGAGAGCUGAUACGCUCUCAAGCAUUAUCAGCAACUAUGAGGCAUUGCAGAAUACAUGGGAGGAGGCCCUUGCAAUAACAAAGGACACAGAGGCCAAGGCCAGAGUCCAAGGGGUGUCAUCCCAAAUGGAUAUGUUUCAGUUUUUGUAUGGUAUCAUGCUAAGUGAAAUGAUAUUGACACGCGGACAAUCUGAGUAGAACAUUACAACAUAAGUCUUUGUCUGCAGAAAAAGGUCAACAAGUUGCUCAGAUGACUGUUGAUACAAUCACAUCACUUCGAAAUGAUGAUGCCCUUGACCUGAUGUGGGAGAGAGUGAGUAGGAAAGCCAGAUCUUUGAAUGUCAGUGACCCACAGCUACCCCGAAGGAGAAAAAUGCCUAGGAGGCUCUAAGGGGACUUUCAUGAGACCCCAAAAUAACACUAUAGACAGUGCUAUUAUGAAGCACUCGAUCUCAUUAUCAACUGUAUUUAGUCUCGAUUUGAUCAGCCUGGCUACAGAAUAUAUCAUUCUUUGGAGACACUUUUGAUUAGGGCAGUCAAACGGCAGGAGUUAGAAGAUGAUCUGAAAGCGGUUUGUGCAUUCUAUAAAGAUGACUUUGACCAGGAGAUGUUGUAUGCACAACUUCAAACGUUUGGAGUCCACUUCCAACAAACGUAUCAACUUCAAUCAAAGGAGGCCAGCACAAAGAUGACCAUCUUUGACAUAAAGUCUUAUUUUCUCUCGUUGCCUCAUGGUCAGAGGGUCCAUUUAUCACAAGUGAAACGCCUUUUCCAACUUGUGUUGGUCAUGCCAGCCACCAAUGCGUCAUCUGAAAGAUCAUUUAGUGCGCUGAGACGACUCAAAAGCUACCUUAGAACAACUAUGAUGCAAGAGUGACUAAGCUAUCUCAUGCUACUUUAUGUUCAGAAGAACAGGACAGAUGCACUGGACCUGAAAGCAAUUCUAAAUGACUUUGUGGGAGAAUCAGAGCAUCGAUCAACAUUUUUGCCAAGUUCUGAUGCAUGUUGACUUUAGGCUUUGGUGUGCGAUGUGAUGUUCUGGCCAUGUAUUACGCUGGAAUACACAGUGUUCUGGAACAGUUUCUGUGAAGACUUGACUGAUUUCUAAUUAAAUGGUUGUACGAUUUUGUUCUUUGUUGUUGAGUGAAAUGCUUUUGUCUCAGGCAUUAAUAUCAAUCGC